GCGGUACCCGGAAGUAGUAGCAGAGUGACUCCUCGCUGUUUGUAUACCAUCUCUACCAGCACUGAGAAACCGUUGGGAUUUCCUUCGUCCGGAUAGUGAAAAUGAGCAACUCUGUGGAACCCAAAGUGACCACGACUCCACACAUAGUGAAGGAAGAGGUCAUCGCGGCAGGAAAUUGGGUGAAGCUGGAGAAGACGACGUACGUGGACCCUGCGGGAAACACCAGAACCUGGGAGACCGCGAAAAGGACGACGAGACGUGCCAACACAGAAGCAGAUGGUGUGGGGAUUAUCGCCCUGCUGAAACGGACGCUCCACAAAGACUGCGUCGUGAUGGUGAAGCAGUUUCGUCCCCCUAUGGGAUGCUACACCUUGGAGUUUCCUGCAGGGUUGAUUGAUGAGGGGGAAAGUGCGGAGGUUGCUGCACUGAGGGAGCUAAAAGAAGAGACCGGCUACAAAGGGGAAGUCGUUGGAGUCACUCCAGUGACUUGUCUGGACCCCGGUCUGUCUAACUGCACCACCGAGAUCGUCCUCGUCAACAUCAACGGGGAUGAAAUGGAGAACAUCAACCCGACGCAGCAGCUCGGUGACGGAGAAUUCGUUGAAGUCAUUCUUUUGCCUCUGGAUGAAUUCCAGACGAAAAUAGACGAUCUGCUGAAGAAAGAAAAAAUCGUGGUGGACUCUAAAGUGUACAUCUUUGCCAUGGGGAUGGCUCAGGCCUUCUUUAAACCGAGGGAGCUCCCCGUCCUGAAGCAGUGAUGUUCAGGAUGAGGAUGUGAGGAAGAAAUAGUCUUUGCUGUUACAUGGGGCUCCUACAAAUUCGGGAAUGUAUUGGAAAGGAAUUUGAACUCUUCCAAAUUGUAUGAAGAAACUGUGAAAAGCUGUUGCAUUGUGGUUGUCGAUCGCGCGUUACAUCAUAGUUAAAUAUUUGUUCCUAUGAAGCGCAGUGACCAUCCAUAGAGCAAUAUGGCGUUUAGAGGAGGCAACACAAGCACACAUGUGUGUAAAUCAUACUGAACAGAAAAAAUCUCAAUGAAAAAGCCUUGGAUCUAGAAACCAAAGCUAUGAAGGAGCCCUCUUUACACUAAAUGUCCUGGACCACUUUUUCUUCUCACUGUGGAGGUAUGAACUGAUACCUCAAGGCCUGAAACAUACAUGUGUGCACGCUCGAUGCGCAGUAUGUUUCAGGCUUUAUUCCUCUAUGCCUUAAGUGAUGAAUAGUCGUUUCCUGUUUUUAUGAGAUUACAAGUAGUUUGAUGAGAUGCAAUUUGCUGUUACUUUUAUCUACUGAUUGUAAGACAUUCCUUGACGGACACGCUGUCGACAUUCUGACUGAAUGGGAGCAUCUCUAAACACCUGAAGUACGUCGCAUGUAAUUCUUGCUUCGUUUAGUUUGACGAAUUCUUCUUUUGGUUAACCUCAGAGGUGAAUAACAGAUUUUUGAUGACAGCCCGUCUGGGUUUUUGCACUGAUAUUUAACAUCAGAUCCAUCAACCCACAGAAAACCAGAGAGCAGUGGACGGCUGAAUCAUGCAAGCCCACCUCCUUCCUCUGGAUCUGGGGAAGGAUGUGGGCUUCCCCAGCCAUCCAAUAACUACCGGUAACUUUAGAGGAGUCACCAGGCACAAAAUAACUUGUGCAAUGUGACAAUUGUUCCAAACGGUAUAUUAUGUGUGUUUGGUUGGCAUAUUAACACCAGCGUUAAUAAUAUGAGUGGAAUUUUUCUUGGAAUAAUUCCACUGUGCUGUACUACAGAGAAACUAACCUAUUAAUUAGAAAUAGUUCAUGCUGUGCCGCUAACGUCGUUAUGGUGUGAUUAACUGGAGUGGAUACUUAACUAGCAAUUUGAAAUUACUGACCAACAAAUAAACGUGAUACUACCUUUGCUCUUACCUGAAUCUGUGUUUCUGUCUCAAACUGACUCGUCAGCAGCAACAUGAUAGAAGGGAAAAGUGUUUAAAAGUUAUUAACAUGCUGUGUUAUUUGUGUGUAUGUAGUACAAAACAACAAGGGAUUUAUAGGUAUUAUAGGCAAUA